AUGUUCGAAAUAAGCCGAACACUCAACGCCGCUUUGUUGAGCAAUGAGCGUCUCAAGAUGAUGGCGACAUACGGGCAGCUCUCGGGACUAGCAGCCAGUGGCGUGGGCUCCGUCCCCGAGACGCACUCGCGGCUAUUUCCCAGGGAUCUCCUGUCAUCGCCAGCCCAGAUGGGCUACAGGUCACCCCUGGGGUCGACAGAGACACAGUGGCGUCAGGCAGAGCUCCCACAGCUCCAGGGCUGGGCAGAGAAGGGAUUGCUGACACAGCCAAAGAUGAUUAUCAGUAACAUGGAAGCUCCAGUGACAAAUGGCCCCAGUGGAGGAGGCACCACAGCCAACGGGCCGACCACCAACAGCCGCGGCUGCCCCUCGCCCAUGCAGACUGGCCCGACAAACGACGACAGCAAGACCAACCUCAUUGUCAACUACCUGCCCCAAAACAUGACCCAGGAGGAAUUCCGCAGCCUGUUCGGUAGCAUCGGUGAGAUCGAGUCCUGCAAGCUGGUUCGCGACAAGAUCACAGGACAGAGUCUGGGCUACGGCUUUGUCAACUACAUCGAUCCAAAGGACGCAGAGAAAGCCAUCAACACGUUAAAUGGACUCAGACUUCAGACCAAAACAAUCAAGGUGUCUUAUGCACGACCCAGCUCAGCCUCCAUCCGUGACGCCAACCUGUAUGUGAGCGGCCUGCCCAAGACUAUGACCCAGAAGGAGCUGGAGCAGCUCUUUUCCCAGUACGGACGCAUCAUCACCUCCCGCAUCCUUGUCGACCAGGUCACAGGUGGCUCCCGAGGUGUGGGCUUCAUCCGCUUUGAUAAGAGGAUAGAGGCUGAGGAGGCCAUCAAGGGCCUGAAUGGACAGAAGCCAUCGGGUGCCGCCGAGCCCAUCACAGUCAAGUUCGCCAACAACCCCAGCCAGAAGACCAGCCAAGCCCUUCUGUCACAACUCUACCAGUCCCCCAAUCGCCGAUACCCAGGGCCCCUCCACCACCAGGCUCAGAGGUUCAGGCUGGACAAUUUGCUUAAUAUGGCCUAUGGCGUAAAGAGGUUUUCUCCCAUCACCAUUGACAGCAUGACCAGCCUGGUUGGCAUGAACAUCCCCGGGCACACGGGCACUGGUUGGUGCAUCUUCGUGUACAACCUGUCCCCAGAUUCUGAUGAGAGUGUGCUCUGGCAGCUGUUCGGGCCGUUUGGUGCCGUCAACAAUGUCAAGGUGAUCCGUGACUUCAACACCAACAAGUGCAAAGGCUUUGGCUUCGUCACCAUGACGAAUUACGACGAGGCAGCCAUGGCCAUUGCCAGUCUCAAUGGCUACAGGUUGGGCGACCGUGUCUUGCAAGUCUCCUUCAAGACUAACAAGACACACAAGUCCUGA